ACCAAGAAGAAGGAGAAGAAGCUUCUGAAAUAUCAAGAUCGUCAAUCAUGGCGGGUAGACUCUAUUAAUUUAACAUUCAUUGACUGACUCCACGAAACCUGCAUUUUCCAUUACGCGUUGCUUUUUUUCUCUGUCUGUGUAUAGAUAUAACAAGCUAUUCUCCUAUCUCCAUCACCCGCUCAGGAUCAUAUACACGGUUUUUCGGCUUCCUGUGAAGUGAAUUUUCGUGUCUUGGAGGAUCGGAGAGAAAUGGGAGAAGGAGAGUGCAGGCCGCUGGGAUUCUUGAUAGGCUUGCCCUUUGCUUUCGUUGCCGUGAUUCUGUCUCUUCUGGGUGCAGUGGUUUGGGUCCUCGGGACUAUACUGAGUUGCCUGUGCCCUUGCUGCAUAUGCUGUGUUGGGGUGGCAAAGCUGGCCGUGAGCCUUCUCAAGCUUCCCAUCAAGAUUCUCCGGUGGUUCACUGAGAAGAUUCCUUGUUGAUAUCUCUCCCCUAUUUGGAUUUUCCCUUCUUCCAUCUCUCUCUCUCUUCCCCAUUUUUUUUUUCUGGUUUAUUGAAUUGGAGAUCCUCUAUGUGAGAUUGAAUCGAUUCUUUAUUGUUGACCGUCA